CCAAAAUGCUUUUUCUCUGCAUAGACCAGUCUCAUUUGUGAAAUAAUAAUGUAUAUACACUUAAAUUCAAUCACACAUAUAUUUCUCAUAUAUUUAGAAAUAACUAUGUGGAUAGAAUUAAAACAGCUUUAACGAAUUUCAGAAGACUGACUAGGAUAAAGAUGGUCAUCACAAGUCAUGUUAUCAAAGUCAUAAUCUACUGGAUAAUGAUCGCCGGGGUUUAUUCAAGUCCGGCGACACAUUGGUCAUAUACCAAUGAAGAAACAGGCCCUAAAACUUGGCCAAAACACUUUAAGAGAAUGUGUGGUGGUCAUUUUCAAUCGCCUAUAAGUCUUAUGUCAAGCAGAGCUUUCUACUUAUCUGAAUUGAAAGCGAUUAAAAUUUAUCGAAGGGAAACAGCUCCAACGAGUAAUAAUGUCGUCAAGAACAAUGGGCAUUCAGUUGUCAUCGAAUUCCCAGCUGAUACAUGGUUUGUUUCAUUCGACGAAAGAUUUGACCAUAGUUAUGAAGUUGCUCAAAUGCAUUUCCAUUGGGGUUCACAUGACGAUUUGGGUGCUGAACAUAUUCUUGACGGUCGCAAAUAUCCUAUGGAGGCUCAUAUAGUUGCAUUUUGGAAAGAGAUGUACCCUACUUUGAAAGAAGCUGUGGAUAGACCAGGCGGUCUAGCUGUACUCGGAGUGUUGCAUGAAGUUCGUGAUACAAUAACUACUACUGAAAGUCAAAUGAGUAAAUAUGGAAAGCUUUCUGAACAACUUGGAUCAUCUCUUUCACCUGGUGUCUCACAAAGUAUUCCAGAAUUCAAUUUGUCAAAUAUUUUGUUGAACAUUAGCACAGAUAGUUAUUUUCGUUAUCAAGGUUCAUUGACAACACCACCAUGCACAGAAAAUGUUUUGUGGACUGUAUUUACUGAUGCAGUAGCAGUUAGAUCAGCUGAGAUGACUUUAUUUCGCUCAUUACUCUAUCCAAAUUAUGAAUCUAUGAAGAAUAUGGCGAAUAACUUUAGACCAGUGCAAGCAUUGAAUCCAACUGGUAAUGUCCUCUUCUAUAGAAUGGUUUAUCGUGCCUCAGCUACCGAUUUAGACCCACCUCCAUUACAUUAUAUAUCAGCGGCUAUAUUUGGUAUAUUUAGCUAUAAAUAUAUGUGAAAAUAGAUUUUACUUUAGCUUUUUGUAAUUAGGAAUUGUCGGACAAUGUAUAUGCAUAUAUAUAUGAUCUGUAAAAUGUGAUCC